AUGGGCGAGGAAAAAUAUUCCAAUUUUGACAGUCCGUCGACGGAUAAAGCUUCCAUACUUCCAGAUAUUAAAUUUGGAAGAAACCUUGAUAUUAAAUUGAGAGAACUUGCACUUGGGGCUUGCCUGUUUGCCGCGGUGGUAGCUUUAAUUGUACUUGCUGCUCUGUUAGGUGGCAAGAAUGACACACCGAAGAGUUCUCCGAGUAUUUACGAAUCCAUAUGCGUGUCGGGCCCGUGCCUAAAAAGUGCAUCAUAUGUUACUCAGAAUAUGAACAAAACCGCGGACCCUUGCACGGACUUUUUCCAGUACGCAUGCGGUGGCUAUCCAACACAAUUCCCGCUAAACCCCACAAUGUCCUCUAGAACAAUGUUUAGCAAUUUAUAUUUUGAAAACGAAGAGAAGAUUGAAAAUCUUCUGAAUGCUCCACUUCUACGUACUGAAGAAUGGUCCUCAGAACGGAAGAUUAAACAUCUGUUCGAAUCGUGUACGGAUACCUACGCCAAAGACACGGCCAAGGGCGCCCCUGUGCUCACCAAAAUCCUACCAGAGAUUGGAGGAUGGUAUGUGACAGGAACCCUGGACACCGCUACGUGGAACUUCCAGGAAGCUCUCAAGAAAACCAUGAUAGACUUCUGGACCCACGCUUUCUUCACUGCCUACGUAGCUAAUGACUGGAAUGAUGAUAACAGACGGGUUGUCGAGCUGCAUCUGUCUGGAACCUCCAUGUAUUGGUACUAUUUCGUAUCAGAAGACACAAUCAAGUACCGAUCGGACCUCCGGAAGUUGAUGAUGACGCUGGCCACCUACAUGUUAAGGGACUCUAACGUCACUCUGGAUGAAGCGACAAAAACUGAGCGACUCAACACCUUCGUCAGCGACGCUUACUAUGUCGAAUCCAUGCUUGCUAACAUUACACAAAACAGCAGUCCGGUGUGGGAUCCACAUGCCGAAGAAGAACGGGAAACGAUGCAAGACUUUGAUGCAAUGACAGGAAACACUAUUGAUUUUUCCUCCAUCGUCACGUCUAUGUUUGCGGAGGCUGAACUACGCGCCACCGACAAGAUAGUGCUGUUUGAGAAGGAUUACCUGAUACAAAUGUCAAACCUGGUAGGGAGUCUGGGACCAAACAGCACCAGAAUCCUGAGUAACUACCUCGUAUGGAGAAUCAUACAUAAAUACCGCCAGGAGCUCUCCUGGGAUUAUAUCCAUGCUAACAGAGAUUUCUACGUCGAUCUGUACGGCACGCCAAACUUCUUGGGAACCACAAAGUACUGUUUCAACACCAUGGAGAUGUACCUCGGUGACGCUCUCAGCGCCCUCUUUGUUAGGGAUCACUUCUCCGACAAAAAUAAAGCUAAGGUUGUGGAGAUCGUAAAAUUUGUGAAAGAGGCUCUUGCAAGCACGACUGUCGACCAUAUAUUUGAUAAGGAAACAAGAAAAUUGGCGAAAGAGAAGCUGGACGCUGCCAUGUACAAGCUCGGCUAUCCGGAUUUCCUGACGAACGACAGCGAGAUGGAUUCCAUGUACUCCCCGCUGAAGGUAGAUAAGGACGACUACUUUUCUAAUGUCCUCAGCAUGAACCAGUUUAUACGACUCCAGUGGAACAGAAGACUGUCGAGUGGCCAAGAUAAGUCGGAGUGGUACUACAGGGUUUAUGAUACUUUAAUCUCCUUCUAUAAUGGCUGGAACGAACUCAUCAUCCCGGCCGGACUUUUGCAGUUCCCGUUUUAUGACCAUACACUUCCCCACUUCAUGAACUUCGGAACAAUGGGCAGCAUCGUCGGGCAUUACCUUGUACAUUCUAUCGACGAAUGGGGUGCUUACUAUCAAAAGGAUGGUAAAUACGAAAACUGGUGGAGCAACUACACCAAGACAAGGUGGGAGGAGACGAAACAGUGUGUCGGUGACUAUUACUCCACUAAGACUAUGGGGCCAUUUACAGUCCCAGGUGACCCUAAACCUGUCACUGUACCAGUGAACGGAAAGUAUUAUGGUUAUGAGGGAAUAGCUGAAGCAAGCGGGGUCAAGGUAGCUUACAAGGCUUACCUUAACUGGAUCAAAAAUAAUGUCGAAGAGAAAAAGGCCCCUGGUUUAGAUUUGUCCAAUGAACAAAUGUUCUUCGUUGCGUUCGCUCAGACAAUGUGCUAUACCAGGAAUGACAACACAGCCUAUAAUUAUGCUAUUCGAGGAAUCAUAUCAGAGCAAGUCAGAACUAACAGCAUACUAUCCCAGCUACCAGAAUUUGUUGAAGCUUUCAAAUGUCCGGUGAAGUCACCCAUGAACGCUGAAGAGAAAUGCAGCUAUUUCUGA